UUUUCGGUGCGUGUAUGUAGAGUGUAGUGUGAUAGUCUUUGGAGAACGGGCGCGAGAUUUGCAGAAGAAGAUGGGGACGGCGGCAAAUCCAGUAGUAGAGCAACCAUCAUCCGAAACGACGUCGGACCAGGUCGAGGCUUUGCUUGAGGCCGCUAGAUACGAUGAUCUUGACGACGUCGUAAGCUUAGCAUCCUCCGGUGUUUCUCUCGAUUCCAAGGACUCCCUUGGCCGUACAGCACUUCAUAUGGCUGCAGCAAAUGGACAUCUUGACGUUGUAGAAUAUCUUAUUAACAGAGGAGUGGUUAUGAUUGUUAAAUUACUUAAGGAACAGUUUUGUGAGUUUUUGGUACUUUUGUAUGAGCAGGAUCUUAAUGCUAUUAAUGAGGAGAAGAAUACACCUCUUCAUUGGGCUUGCCUCAAUGGUCAUAUUGAGGUGGUUAAGAAACUGAUCUUGGCAGGGGCAAAUGUGACUGAAUUGAACAGCUAUGAGAGGACUCCAAUGGAUGAAGCAGUGAGUGGAGGUAAGAUGGACGUCAUUGAUGCAAUCAAUGCAGCAGUUGCACAACUGGAACUCACUGGUGUCAGCGUUUCCUAAUGUGGGGUUUUCCUAAUUGAAGUCCAAGUUCUGACAGUUUUUACUAGUGUAUUUUUGGUUAAUAGAUUUAUUAAUGUCUUUCUCUUAUAAAUAACAAGCUUGCAGUGUUAAAAUUUUGUUGAUAGUUACUGAAUCUCACCUGACUCUUUGCAAUACUGUGUUGCUGCAUUUUUUAGUAGUCUUUCCAACAAGUGUUAAUCAAACUCGCUAUAUGUGCUUUCAUGCCAAGGAAGGAGAAAAUCUAUUUCUUUUUCUUUACUU